CCACUCUAGACGACUUGUAUUCCCUUGACUGAUUUACAUUCUAUUGGCCCCUGACUUUACACUUGCCCUGGUUACUUUUUGUCAGGCCACAGUCCAGCUGGGGUGUUUACCCAAAGGGAGGGGGGCUUUUAAAAAACAACCAGGUGCGACCCUUACAUUUAGGACUCAGCGAGUAGUCUAGAGGCAGUGGGAGGAGGUAGAACCAGACAGGAAUCUACGCUGGACACGCUUCCACUUUAAGUUACUCUUGAAUCUAUAUUCUUUUGUACUUUCUUCUUACACUCCUGACCCAUCCCAGGAUGUACACCUACAGUAAACCUGGUCACUUCACCUGGACUGCAACAUUGAGAGAAUGUGGAAGCCUCUCUAACAGGGCGCGAUCCAGGCCCGUCAUGGCAGCGCCGAGCUCCAGCGGACUCGAAGUUCUACUCGGGACGUUGCAGAAUGCUGGAGACAUGGAGAGCAUGCUAAAUAUCCUCAAUGUCCUGGAUGAGCUGCUGUCGGCAGGCACAGACAGACGGAUUCAUCAUAUGAUAUCGAAAGGAGGGAGCGAGGCUUUGCUGACGGCUCUGGUGAAUUCGGCUCGCAGCUUCACUCCCAACUAUACCAUCCUACUGCCACUGCUGCACCUGCUGGCCAAAGUGGGCCAUAGAGAUCGCCAAAUUGGUCUGAAAGCGCAGAAGGCAGACGCUGUUCUGGUGGUGUUGGGUUUGCUGCGGCAGAAUGUGGAAAACGCACGCAGAGCCGCGGCCUGCCUUUGGGUCCUCAGAGUGUUCUGCUCUUCGGUGACCACGGCUGAGCUGCUGGGGAAGAACCGAGGGCUGGAUGUGGUCUUCAGGCUUAUAUCUCCACACGCCACCAAACACUUGCACACCGUCAAGGCAGCCGCUGACACCUUCACUGCAAUGUUAAGCUCAAAGGUGAACUGUCGAACCGCUGUGGCCAAAGGCUACAUCGCAGAUCUUUUGAAGCUGUACGAAGACUGGCACAACAAUGACACCAACCUCAAGAACAUUCCUAUCCGUAGAGCCCUACUCUAUUGCCUUGACCGUGCCGCCAGCUCAUCUGUGGGCAGAGACGCUAUAGUGGCUGUAGAUGGCAUUAGUCUUCUCUUCCAAACCACUCAGACCUGCCUGACCAUGAAAGGCCUUGAGUCUCUGGUGGAGCCGGCCAUCCAGCUGAUGAGGAAGUGCAAUCCCAAAAUCCCUAUUCCGCUGACCUCCGAUAAGAGCGCCUACAACUUUCCUCUACCUGGGCGACCUGUCGAUGACUGGGAAGCUGAUUUAGGACUUUACGACGGCAGUUCGGAAGAUGACAGUGACGAAGACGCGGAGAACGAGGAACCAGACAACAGAGACUAUGAGGAUGAUUUGGAAACUGAUGUGAACAAGCUGCGUCCUCGACCUGAGCCUGACCGCCCCCUGGAGCAGCUGGGUCAAUAUGUGCAUCUCUGCCCCGAACUUCACCAUGACUUCCAGGAUUUGGACUCCAGCUCUGAGGUGGAUGAAAGCUCAGACGAUGACAGCAUUCUUGAAGGUGAAUCGAACAACAAGUUGAAUGACCACAGAAAUUCCGCAUCGCCCUCCAUUCGAGAAAACCACUUCAAGACAAACGACUUCCAUAAGCACUAUUUUGGCUGCUCGAGGAAAGGACAAGAAGGCCAUUCCAGCAUGGUGGAUCGGCUUCUAGAGAAGUAUGGAACCUCGAUUCCCAACCAUGAUCCACGUCUCUAUGCCGCCACUGCAGCCAAUACCAAGUCAAUUGCUGGAUACACCAUCCUAGCCUUUCCUGACUUUUGGGGUCACCUGCCUCCACAAGAGCAAGAGCCCAUGGCUAAAAGACCACCACAUGUGCAGAGAAAGAAAGUUUUUGAAGACCUCAAGCGUGUCAUUUGUCCUGAGGACAUGAUCAACAAGGUUGUUUUUGACAUGGAUGAUCCUAGUCUCCAGUGUCCUCCCGAUGUGUGUCCCAGUUCUCUUCGAUUCUUCUCUAAAUUUGAGAGCGGAAACCUGCGAAAAGCCAUUCAAGUCCGCAGUCAUGAAUAUGAUUUGAUUCUCAAUGCCGACGUCAACUCCUCUGCACACUGCCAGUGGUUUUAUUUUGAGGUCAGCGGGAUGAUGGCCGAUGUCCCUUAUCGAUUCAACAUCAUCAAUUGUGAGAAGGGAAACAGCCAGUGUAACUACGGCAUGCAGCCUGUGCUGUAUUCAGUGAGGGAGGCUCUGGAGGGAAGACCACACUGGCUGCGAACAGGCUCUGAGAUCUGCUAUUACAGAAAUCAUUUCUGCCCUAGUAGAGGUCAAAAGCAUCCUUUCUACACGCUGACCUUCACUGUGACCUUUCGCCAUGACGAUGACGUGUGCUACUUGGCCUAUCAUUACCCUUACACCUACACAACCCUUCAGACUCAUCUGAAGAUGUUGGAGAAGUCAGUAGACCCACGGAAAGUUUUCUUCAGGCACCAAAACCUCUGCGACACACUGGGGGGAAACUCCUGCUCCUUAGUCACGAUCACAGCCUGCCCCACUUCCAGAGCCUGGAAACAUCUGCACCAGCUGCGUAACCGGCCAUGUGUUGUUCUGACUGCACGGGUUCAUCCGGGAGAGAGUAACGCCAGUUGGGUUCUCAAGGGCACGCUGGAAUUCCUGUGCAGUGCUGAUCCAGCGGCAGAGAGUCUGAGAGAGGCUUACAUCUUCAAGAUCAUCCCCAUGCUCAACCCGGACGGGGUCAUUAAUGGCAAUAAUCGGUGUUCUCUCACCGCUGAGGAUCUCAACAGACAGUGGCUGAAGCCGGACCCUUAUUUAAGCCCCACAAUUUACCACACCAAAGGUUUCCUCUAUUACCUCAACAGCAUAGGCAGGACCCCGCUGGUGUUUUGCGAUUACCAUGGUCACUCCAGGAAGAAGAAUGUGUUUCUGUAUGGCUGCAGUAUGAAGGAAACGCUCUGGCAGUCUGGAUCUCCUAUUAACACAGCCUCGCUGAAAGAAGACCCGGGAUACAGGACUAUCGCUAAAACGCUGGACAGAAUCGCUCCCGCGUUCUCGUUGAACAGUUGCAACUAUCUGGUGGAGAAAUCCCGGGCAUCCACAGCGCGGGUGGUGGUUUGGAGGGAGAUCGGGGUCCUGCGAAGCUACACCAUGGAGAGCACAUACAAUGGCUGCAAUCAAGGCAUCUACAAGGGUCUGCAGACGGGCACACAGGAGCUGGAGGAGAUGGGCCUGAAGUUCAGCCAGAGUCUGCUCACUCUCAGGAGGAACUCAGCUCAUUACAGCAGUCGUCUGAUCCAGCACACGUCUGCUCUGCUCGACCUAGACGACCGGUUGCUGCCACACAAGCCCAACACUUGUUUUGAGGACGACGAGCCGCCAUGCGCUGAAGAAAUCGAGUACUCGUCCUCGUCCUGCAGUGACCUAUUAAGCAGCAGUGAACUGGACGAUGAAGUGAAUGGAAACACGUCCAGUGCCGAAGAAGACGACGAUGAUGUAACCAUCUGCAAAAACAAACGGAGAAAAAACAAGCAGACGUCCCGCCUCGUUCCUCGUUUCAUACAACAGGAGACGAUCAGCAUCAACAGCAAACACUGCAACGGCAUCGACAUCAGUAACGGAUACCUCUAUUAAAGCCCUCGUCUUCGUCUUUUGUGUUAUUUAUAUUUUAUAUUAGCACCUCUUAAAGUCCGCAUGAACCAGAAGUAGCUGCGAUUUCAUUACGUUGAUGUACUUUGAUAAUAUUGCGUAGGGGCGGGGAUUUCUUUGCGCAUCAUUCCCUCGUAACAAACUUAAGGCUUGUUUAUACCAAUCACAAUAAAGAAUGAAUGUCCUUGUUAAAGAAUAGCAUAGUUCAGACAAUAACGAUAAAGAUAGAGAGAAACGAUAUCAUUGGGAUCACUUUCGAAACCAGCUGAUGAAUAAUAAAACACUGACAGCCAAUCCAUUGAAAUGUAAGGGGUUUGCGCAGUUUAAAGGUCCCAUGGAUUGCUUCGAAAUAUGCCAUUUUUAUUCGAUUUUUUGACGUAAUCUCAAUUUAAACAUGCAGACAGAUCAGGACAUAGAGUAGCUCCUCCUCUUUAAAAAAAAAAUAAACAGCCAAUAGCAUUUUAUUUUAUCACAGCUCUGUCAAUGAGAGUGGUUGAGAAUAAGUGCGUCAAAUGAAAAGCAAAUGAGAAGCGUCUUGAGCGGGGGGGCAAUUUCUGUGACUGUUUUGGAACACACUAGCUUAUAGAUAUAUUUAAGACCAACAUACUGUCCUGAUACUAACAUCUAAAAUAGUUUAUUUUGAUUUCACAGGGCCUUUUUAGCCACAGACGACAUUGUGGAGAAGCGCUGCUUUAUGUUAAGCCCCAUUUUAAAGGAUUAUUUAAAGAUAAAGACUGUGUCCGAAAUUGCUUACUACUUGAGCAGGUACUACAUUUGAAUCAUCUACACAACCGUUAGUAAAGUACGGCUUACAUAAUAUACAUAUGAGUAGUAUGAAUGGAGCUCGGACAUACUACAUCCGCAAUUAGUAAUUAUUACAUGACUUACAAGUGCCAGUUGCGUCAUUUUACUCCCAUUCAUGAAUUCUCUCACAUGGCAUCAUGGGAUAUUGUAGCGUCUAUUGGAUGCACACUUUGCUGGAUUUGCUGGAUAGUAGUAGGUCAUCCGGGUACUUAUGAAUAUGGAUGUACUACUUGGCUCGCAUAUUGUUUUUAACGUACUAUAAAGUAGGGAAGUGUGUGAUUUCGGACGCAACCAAUGAUUAUCAUGGAAACAAUUACACCAUGGGAAAAAUCAUUAAUAAAAUAUACACGGAAAUUAUGCGAGGCAGACUGACAAAUAGAAGUAAAAAAAAUAAAAGUACCUCAGGUAUCCAGUAUAGUUUCAGCAUCUUUGUGUUGCCUUCUUUUAAAAUGCAAAUAAUGAAAAUAAUUAGUUUUAUUCCACUAAUGUUUAUAACA